AUGUCGCAACACACCAUCAAGGAGGCAGAGGCGCCGUUUGGGACCUGGGAGAGUCCCAUCUCCGCUGACCUGGUCUCCAAUGCAGUUCUCCGGUUCGACGCAGUGACUGCACAUGAGUCAACUGGGAAAAUCUAUCUCACGGAGAUGCGGCCGAUGGAGCAUGGCCGAGUGUGCAUCGUGGAGUUGGACGCUGCGACGGGCGCCUGUCGAGACAUUCUCCCUUCGCAGUACGGCGCCAGAUCCCACGUCCACGGCUACGGGGGCGGCGCGAUGACCAUCGACCAGACAUCCGGCCGAGUGAUCUUUGUCGACUCCAAGAGUCACGGCAUCUUCUCGAUUGAACCCGCCUCGGGAGAGGUGCAAGCACUGAGUGAUCCGGACGAGGCAGUCCUGUUUGGUGAUUUCGACGUCAACCGGAAGGACGGCGCUUGGAUUCUGGCCAUUCAGGAAGACCAUAUGGGUUCUCCCGUGCAGAACAGCAUGGUUGCGAUCCAUGGGCCGAGCAAGAAGAUUGUGACCGUUGCCCAGGGAGCCGACUUCUACACCCAUCCCAGGUUCAGCCCGGACGGGACUCGGGUCUGCUGGCUGCAGUGGAACUUUCCAAACAUGCCUUGGGACAGUGUCGAGCUGCACGUCGCGCUCUGGAGAGAGGGAGAGGUCGUGGAGGAAUACGUGGUGGCCGGUGGCCAAGGUGGAGAGAGUGUCCAGCAGCCGCGGUGGAAUCUCGACGGCUCGCUGCUGUUCUGCAGUGAUCGAACGGGCUUUUGGCAGCUGUACCGAUACGACCCACGCAGCAACCAGACCGCUCACAUCAAUCUGCGUCCACUCGAGAAAGCCGAGUUCGCGUGGGCGGAGGUGUUUUUGGGAAGCAAAACGUAUGCGUGCCUCACAUCCAGCCUCGUGGUUGCCAUGUACAUACUGAACGGCCGGUUCGGCAUGUGCCUGAUCGACCUGGACCGACACACUUGCUCCGACCUCGCCUGCGAUUAUGCAGCGCCAAAUUUCCAGACCGACACUCUUCACCGCCUCUCCGCAACCGAGUUCGUUACCAUCGUCUGUAAAGAGGACGGUCCGAUGAAUGUUGCCACCCAUCGAGUGGGCCCCCUUGGCGCUCUCGCUGCUGCUGCCGCUGCCACUGCCCUCACCGUGGAAGUAGACGUUCGGGUCUUGAAGAGCGUGGUCGCUCCCGACAGACUGCCACCCGCGGAAUGGUUGUCUAGACCCCAGUUCAUCUCGUUUCCUCGCAUCGGAUCGCCCUUUACCGGCGAAUCCCACGCCAUAUUCUGGCCGCCAAGGAACCCAUGCCACCACGGGCCACCUGGCUCCUUACCUCCGGUGAUCGUGUCGGUCCACGGUGGUCCAACCCAUGAUGCGAGGGCGGCGCUCUCGAUGGAGAUCCAGUUCUGGACCACGCGAGGCUUCGCUUGGGUAGAUGUGAACUAUGCAGGCUCGACGGGGUUCGGCCGUGAAUAUCGCGAACUUCUCAAGGGCAACUGGGGGGUUAUCGACGUCCAGGACAUCGUCAGCUGUGUGGAAUACUUGGUAUCUCAAUCCCUCGUUGACCCGUCCCGUGUCGGGAUUCGAGGUGGCAGCGCCGGUGGCUAUGCUGUACUCCAGUGUAUGACGGUCUAUCCGGAGAUCUGGGCCGGCGGGGUCUCGCUUUUCGGCGUAAGCUGCCUCAGCACGAUGGAGAAGGCCACUCACAAGUUCGAGUCGAGAUACCUUGAAGGCCUUCUACUCCCUUCGAUGCCUGUAAGUGAGGAGGACAAAGAACGAAUAUAUCGCGAGCGCAGCCCGUUGUACCGCGUCCAAAAUAUCAAGGCACCGGUCCUGCUGCUGCAGGGCCGAGACGAUAUAGUGGUGCCGCCUGAUCAGGCAACAAUGAUGGAGAGCGCCAUCAAAGAUGCUGUCAAGGGCAGAGGCAGUUCACAAAGUCCUGAAUACAUGGUCAAGGUGGUCAUUUUCGAAGGAGAAGGCCAUGGAUUUUCCAAGGCCGAGACGUUGAGCAGACAGAAAGCAGAAGAGGUCGCGUGGUGGAGGAGGACGUUGCUCAGACUGGACUAG